GCGCUGCGUGCCUGCGCGCGCGUCUCUCUUCAUUGGCAGACAUGGCGGCGGACCUGCAGCCCGAGUGGAUUUGCGAUCUGCCUUCUUCCUGGAGUUAUGGACUUACUCGUGACGGGCGCAUCUUCUUCGUCAACGAAGAAGCCAAGAGUACAACCUGGCUGCAUCCCCUGAGUGGCGAGGCGAUCGUAACCGGACACAAAAAAACUCCAGAUCUACCCACUGGAUGGGAAGAAGGAUAUACAUUUGAGGGUGCACGAUGCUUCAUCAACCAUAAUGAGCGAAAGGUGACUUGCAAGCAUCCCGUCUCAGGCUCGCCUUCUCAAGACAACUGCAUCUUUGUCAUCAACGAACAAUCUGCCGCCAAAGUGCCGGUGAAUGAAAAGAAGGAACAGCCAAAAAGCACCAUGAGUGAGGCGUCCAACAACACGAGCAGCUCUGACUCUGCCGCUAACCAAUCCAGUGCAGCAGCAAGGGCAUCGAGACCUCCCAAAAAGCUUCAUAAUUUUGGAAAGAGAUCAAAUUCUAUCAGGAAGAAUCCCAGUGCUCCAGUCAUAAAGAGGAACUGGCUCUAUAAGCAGGACAGCUCAGGGAUGAAGCUGUGGAAAAAGAGGUGGUUUGUGCUGUCAGACUUGUGUCUCUUCUAUUACAGAGAUGAAAAAGAGGAGGGGAUUCUUGGCAGCAUCCUCUUACCAAGCUUCCACGUAUCCAUGUUGUCUGUUGAUGAUCAUAUCACCAGAAAGUAUGCCUUCAAGGCGACACACCCCAAUAUGCGGACGUACUACUUUUGCACCGACACAGCCAAAGAGAUGGAAUCCUGGAUGAAAGUGAUGACGGAUGCCGCACUUUUGCAUUCCGACCCCGUCAAAAGGUUGGACAAGCUAAAAGUGGAACAGUGUGGCCCUCAAGAGGUUAAUCAGAUGGACAAUCACAGGCCUCCAUUGACACAGCCCGAAAUCGAGAACAACGAGCGCAACCGGGAGGCGGACCGCGAGCAUAUAGCGGAAGAGGACAAGAAGCGGCGAGACGCCGAGCGCUACGGCUUCCAGAAAGAAGGCGCCAACCCCGAUCGCCCCCUCACCAAGAUCAACAGUAUCAAAAUGCAGCCAGCCCAAACAGCGGCGGCGGUCACGGUCAAGCUCGCCAUGCCACGGACCCCGACAGAGAUUGAUGGCUCACACCAGACCCCCCAAGUCAAUGGCGGCGGUGAACCCGGUCCGGUUGACCACGCCGGAGUUCCCCCUCAGCAAAGUUCAAACUACGAGCCGGAACGGACUUUGAGUAGGACAAGCUCCAUGCAGCAACUGGAGCAGUGGGUUCGCACGCAGAGAGGACGCACCCAGGAUGAUGACACCAGAAGCAUCACGUCGUACCAGACACUCCCUCGGAACAUGCCAAACCAUCGAAUGCCCCAUGUGCCUCAUUAUGGCGACGGUUACCGCAGCAUGCCCAGAAAUAGCAUGACGCAGAGGGACAGCAUUUGCAGCAUGUCGCCGUCGUUGUACGACCAACCCUCGGGUCUCCCGAUGGCUGACAAGCGCCGCUCAGUGCGCUCUGACACCAUGUGGCAGCUGUAUGAGUGGCAGCAACGACAAGGCCACACCAGAGCGCCGCCGAUGUACGGCCAUAUGGCCAGCCCCAAAACCAUGAUCAACCUUUCGGAACAUGCGGCGCCCACCUACUCCAUCCCACCCUCGCCUUCUCACGGUUCCCUGUCAAUGUAUGGCGGCUAUUCUCAGCCGCCGCGAUCGUACAAUAUGAGCAGCGCCCGCUCCGAGAUGGCUUCUCCCAUCUACCAAAGAGACUUGAGCAUGGAGAGGCAGCAAAGGCACCAAAUCCCUAUGUAUGCCUACCCUCCUGAUAGGAGGUCAAUGCCUGUAGGAAUCCCAGUCCAGGCCAUCACCGCCCAGUCUCUCCAAGGCAAAAGUCCCGAGGAACUGACUUUGCUUCUGAUAAAGCUGCGUCGGCAGCAGGCAGAGCUAAGCACUGCCCGGGAACAUACUCUAGCACAGCUUACGCAACCUAACAUGGAUGGCGACAACCCAAAGAACGAUGUUCUGUCCCAGCAUCUCCAAAGGACUCUAAAGUAUUUGGACAAUCAGAUGAAGGAAAAUGACCCUUUAAUCGUCAUGACUCACACUUUGAUUGAGAACUCGGCCCCGAGGCCUCAACUUUACCAGCAACUAAAUCCAGAAGACCCCAGAGAACACAGCUACAUGCCAGAAGAAGGGGACAUUGACACCAAACUUAGCCGAUUGUGUGAGCAGGACAAAGUGGUGAGGACGCACGAGGACAACCUUCAGCAGCUGUACAGAGAGAAGCAUACUCUGGAGACAGCGCUGCUGUCAGCCAGCCAUGAGAUCGAAUUGGGUUCAGACAACCCGGCUGCCAUGCAGAGUGUCAUCCAGCAGAGAGACUUACUGCAGAGCGGCUUGCUCGGCACCUGCAGAGAGCUCUCCCGGGUUACAACUGAAUUAGAGCGGUCAUGGCGCGAGUAUGACCAACUAGAAGGAGCUGUAAUUCUGACAAAGAGCAACCUGCUGGAGCAGCUCGAAGCGCUGGGAAGUCCGCAGACUGAACCUCCUAGCCAGCAUCAUGUGCACAUCCAGAAAGAGCUGUGGCGGAUCCAAGAUGUAAUGGAGGUCCUCAACAAACAUAAAGACCAGAGGAACGCCGAUGGUUCUAUGGCCUUGUAUGGGCCCAACUUCAGCAUGCAGAAAACAGAGGAGGAGGACUCUGUACCCCCACGGCCACCUUUGCCCCAGUCAUAUGAGCCCAACCCCCUCGCAAUUCCCCCCCAUGCCGGAGUUCGCUCAACAUCCCUCCACAGAAUGGAGGACAGGAAGACCAAUCAGAAGAAUGGCACACACAGCGGGCCAGACUAUCGCCUGUACAAGAGUGAACCGGAGCUCACCACAGUGGCUGAAGUGGAUGAGAGCAACGGAGAAGACAGGAUUGAACACCCGUCCGACCAUCCUGCAAACAAAGGGCCAUCCUACCCAGUUGGCAUUGUUCCACCUAGAACCAAAUCCCCAGUGCCUGACUCAUCCUCCAUCGCCUCCUAUGUUACUCUAAGGAAGAGUAAAAAGCCUGACUCCAGAAUGGAGCGUCCACACAGCGCCAUGGAGCAUCAAUUGUGCGCGCUAGAAAGCAGUCGGCCCAGGAUGAGCGUGGAGGAGCAGCUGGAGAGGAUUCGCCGCCACCAGCAGGGUGCCCUCAAGGAAAAGAAAAAGGGUGUCCGCAUUCGGGGGAACGCCGAGGAGAACGCUCUGUCUCGCAGCAAUUCAUUCACAAAAGACAACCAUUCACGUAAUGUCCAGUCUCAAAUGAGGCGGAGAGAUGAUGUCAUGAGCACAGACAUUUUGGAACUAGAAGCUUCACUCAGGCAGCAGGAGGUAGUCAGGGAGCAGGAGACGCCCGCUGAGGAAAUCGCACGUCUCAAAGAAGCCUCAAACUCUGAGCGCUUUAAUGUGGUUCGGCAAUUGUCUGUGCCGGACAAAGUGCUGAUACCUGAACGCUACGUGGAGUCGGACCCGGAGGAGGCACUUAGUCCAGAGCAGGAAGCUGACAAACAACGGAAAGUUGACCGCAUCAAAGCUCUCAUAGCCAAAAACAGCAUGCAGAAUCCGAUGCCUACCAUAGCAUUGAGCCCUGUGGAGGCUGAAGAGGAGAUUACCAUCCAAGAGAAAGAGAAGAUGAUUAAUAUCUCUUACAAACUAGCAGCAGAGGCCUCCAAACGUAGCAAGCUGGUUGCAGUGAAAAGUCCGCCGCCAUCUUCCCCAACCCUCCCACCAUCUCCUAACACGCCGCCUCAGCUCGCUGACGGCUCUCACUUCAUCACAAGCUCUGGCCUCAGUCAAAACAUACACAUGAAGGAAAUAACAGUGGACACGGCCACGUGCUUCUCUGAAAUCUGACUCGUGUGUGCGUGAGUGUGUUUAUGUGUGAUCACUGUGACAUCUGAAGCACUCCAAGUGGCUGCCACCACCAAUAACAUUUAAUUUCUUUUGGGACUACCACACUGCUUUUAUUUUGUUCUUAACCUUGAAAAGUUUUUACCCUUUUUUUAAAUUAUUUAUAGUUUAAUAGGUAUUCUUUAAAGUGUUGGUUAUUAUUUAAGCAUUCAUAGUUAACCAUUUACUGUGGAAAAGGUUUUUGCUUCUUGAGGUGAGCAUAUAAACAACAAUGUAGAGAAGCCUCAUUUUGGUACUGCAGACUAAUACAAUACAUUUUUUUCAAAAGUUUUAAUUAUUCGAAAUGACAUCCGUCAGUCUGUGUUAAAAUACUGACAACUGUUUUAUGAAUGUUCCGUUUUACGUCUUUCUAGACUUCUUGUUUCUUUGUGAUUGCUGAGUUAUAUUUAAACAGAUGAAAAAGAAAAUCUGCAGUUGGUUGGAUUUUAUGACUUUUUGUAAGCCUAGUAUUAAAAGAAGAUAUUAGCACAUGUAAAAAAAAAAAAGAAGCAAUAAUUAACUCCAAAGUUUGUGGAUGCAGGUUGCAUAUUU